GUUAAGAGACUGAGACAGAAGAGAUAAUCACAUCUAGUGACAUGGAAGUUGACUCUGAAUCAGAGCAGCCAAGAACAUUUAAAAGAGUGCUCAACAAAGACACCAACCUAAGAACAGAGAAAAAAUUCAUUGUGUACUUCACCCAACUGUUUGAACUUUUUAAAUUUUGCCCAAUUUGCAAAUCAGAUGAUGUUCUUGUUGAGAUAUUGCAAAAUGGUUCAAUGGAAAAAGUGAAAGUUAGUUGUUCCAAUCAAAAAUGUGGAGCAGCCACAACAUGGAAUAGUCAACCAGUCAUGACUGGGACUUCCAUUCCUGCUGGAAAUUUGCUAUUGUCAUUUGCUAUUUUUACUGCUGGAACCUCUGCCACAAAGGUGAUCAGAGUUCUACAGCACGAAAUGACAUAAAAAUGAAAGGCCAUAAAAAUAUAAUGAACUGUCAAAAACCGAAAGUAACCAGUUUUUAGGACCUGGUGGUAUGAGCCCAGUUAGUUGGGAUUCAGUGAAGUGAGAAUUGACUGCAUG